UAAGGGAUCGAAGGAAAAAUCGAUAAAGUACUCGCCAUCUAUGAAGGGCGUCUCAUACGUUUACAUCCCUCUGCGAAUUCUUGAUUCUUUCUAAAAAUCUAGCCCUCCUAGAUGAGAGAAACAGUGGGAGAUGAACGCAUGUGGUGGUGGUGAAGAGUUUAUAUACGACAGAGAACCGUACUUUGGUCCACGUCGAAGAUGGGUCCUCAUGCAAUCAAUGCAGUGUUUCUCCACCACGAACCAGAGAAGGCGGUCUUCAAUGUUGUUCAGUUUCCACUUCCCCACUCUCAAUUCUUGGCUGUCUUCUUCGCUCACCUGCACUUGUCCUCUCCCUAGAAUCAUUUAAAAAUACAUCUGUCUCUUCUUUGUAUCUUAUGAGCAGUAGAGACACCACCAAAUAUCUCUUGCACACGCUCGUACUACUCUAUUUAGAUAGAAUUUUGGGUUUAGCUUUCUGGGUUUCUCUGUUUUUCUCCAGUUUACAAGGGGGAAAGAGAAAAGCUUGACAUCUUUGUCAAAGAUGGACAUGGCAGACGAAGUCAACAGUGCAGUCACUUUGCCGGUUCGUCAAGUCGUGCUCAUCUCGGCUGGGGCUAGCCACUCUGUUGCUCUUCUUACUGGAAAUGCUGUUUGCUCCUGGGGACGAGGAGAGGAUGGACAAUUGGGCCAUGGAGAUGCUGAAGAUAGACUUUCUCCCACCCAAAUGAGUGCACUGGAUGGCCACGAUGUUGCUUCUGUUACUUGUGGAGCUGAUCAUACAAUUGCAUAUUCUGAAUCCCAGUCUCAAGUGUAUAGUUGGGGAUGGGGUGAUUUUGGACGAUUGGGUCAUGGUAACUCCAGUGACUUGUUCACUCCUCAAUCAAUCAAAGCCUUACAUGGUGUGAGGAUAAAGCAAAUUGCUUGUGGAGAUAGUCAUUGCUUGGCAGUAACUAUGGAUGGGGAGGUGCAGAGUUGGGGACGGAAUCAAAAUGGUCAACUUGGUCUUGGGCACACUGAGGACUCACUUGUGCCACAAAAAAUACAAGCAUUCCAGGGAUUAUCUGUCAAAAUGGUUGCAGCUGGUGCUGAGCAUACAGCUGCAAUUACAGAAGAUGGCAAACUCUAUGGUUGGGGCUGGGGUCGAUAUGGGAACUUGGGUUUAGGUGACAGAAAAGAUCGAUUAGUACCUGCUCAAGCUUCUUCUGUUGAUGGUGAGAGGAUGGUUCUGGUUGCAUGUGGAUGGCGGCACACAAUAUCAGUAUCCUCAUCUGGGGCUUUAUAUACUUAUGGAUGGAGCAAAUAUGGUCAGCUAGGACAUGGAGACUUUGAGGAUCACCUUGUUCCUCACCAGUUGGAAGCUCUGCGUAAUGAUUUAAUUUCUCAGAUAUCAGGUGGUUGGCGACACACUAUGGCACUCACAUCUGAUGGAAAAUUAUAUGGCUGGGGAUGGAAUAAGUUCGGGCAAGUUGGUGUUGGUGAUAAUGUUGAUCACUGCUCUCCAGUGCAAGUAAAAUUUCCAGAUGAACAGAAAGUGGUGCAGAUCUCUUGUGGAUGGAGGCAUACACUAGCUGUUACAGAAAGGCAAAACGUUUUCUCUUGGGGAAGGGGUACAAAUGGACAACUUGGACAUGGAGAUCCUCUUGAUAGAAAUGUUCCAAAGCUCAUAGAGGCUUUGAGUGCUGAUGGAACUAGUUGCCAACAAAUACCAUCCUCAAAAGUUGAGCCUUUAUCAGGGAAGAUUUGGGUUUCACCAUCAGAGAGAUAUGCAAUCGUUCCUGAUGAAACAUCGGAUCAUUGUAGUAUAGUGGGCCAAGGGCAAACAACGGUUCCAAUCAAAGGAAAUGGGAGUGAUGCAAGUGUCCCAGAGAAUGAUGUCAAACGAAUGCGAUUUUGAACAUCCAUACUUCCCCAACUGCCUGGAGUCAUCUGUAGAUGGGUUUGAACCUCAAGCAUAUCCCUACACUCUGGACCAAUGGACAGCCCAUCUUGUUGCUGUUGGAUGUUCUUGUCAAAUGCAGCACUAUAAAUCCAUACCAUCGUUUCACAAUGUAUUAUGUACUAAUAGUGUUGUACUUACUCUUUUCUUGGUAAGAAUGUACUAGUACUCAUUUAACAUUUCAGAAGAGGCUUAAUUUUUCUAGCCUUUGUUGUCUCAUUUAAGUGCUAAUAAAUAGUGAUUUCACGCCUGUUUCUUA